GCACUCCAAAACGCCAUUUGUGACUUGGACAUAGCUAAUUUUUGUUAGUCUGUCGGAAGCUGAGAGUCAAAUGUAGUGGCACCCGGCCAACGUGCCUCAGAUGCAUGAAUGAUAAUGGUUUAUGCGUGUACCCAGCCCCAGAGGGGCUUUCUGAGCGGCAGGCCCAGAAGCAGGCACUUUUUCGCACGUCCAGAGCCUAUCGGAGCGCCCGCAAUGUCCUGGAGUUGAUCCAAUCGAGCGAGGACAGAGUUGUUCAAGAUGUUGUACACCAAUUGCGAGCCUCCAAGGACCUUAAUGAUACCAUUGAGUCGAUUGCAAAUGCGGAUCUGGUUGUCAAAGGGGCAGACGAAGAAACAAAAAAUACAGUGUCUCAAAAUCUCGGUCCAAACCUCGGCGCCACGAAUCAAGAACCGACCAUAGAUCCACAAUCAAAAUCAGGAUAUCCGACAAGUCUAUCAAACGUCAUGACGCUAAGCGAAUUCAGUCUAGCUGACGGCCAGAGCUCAGCGUUCAUUGACAACUUGGACUGUUGCAGUGUCUUGCCUGUCUCUCGCUGGACAAACGUCUCGGACGACAAUCAAGCGCUGACCAGCCUGCUGCAUCUUUUCUGGACUUGGGACAGUACAUUGUUCAAUAUAGUCGACAAGGGGCGUUUCGUUGCUGACCUAUGUAGCGAUGGGCCUGGGCUUACAGUAGGAAGCCAAAAGGUGUUUUGUUCUUCUUUCCUCGUCAACGCCGUCCUCACCGUAUCCGCCCUGCACUCAGCAAGAAAGUGUUACGCCUUCGAUCCAAACGCUAUCGCUCUUGCCCAUCUCUUCGCAGACGAAGCGUGUCAGUCGCUCGAAUCAGAGAGAUGCGUAGAUUCCUUGACUUUCUUACAGGGAGCAUCUAUCCUCUGGUUCGUUACCUGCAACGAGAAAUCUCUAGUAACAGUUAGAAUUCAUGAAAACCUUCCGAUAAUAGUUCGGGAGGCAUGGUUAACGUUGGGCUUCGAGAGGGGCGACUUUACUGUGUUCAACUUCUCCGACGUGGGCACACCAAGUCAGAUGAGGGACUGGCAUACUAUUUCUCAUAUUAGCUGGGGGUUUUACUGCUUUUUCAUGGAAGUUGCCGAGUCAGUUUCAGCGAAGUUCUUAACUUCUGAGCCGCUCGUCAUGAAAAUCGUUGACAAUCAAAGUCACUGGCACGACUUGGGCACACUGAGCCCACGAACUCAUAUCCUCGAGGCACCCUGUCAAUUAGAGGUUUUUGGUUUGAAAUAUUCCCUCUACCAAAUCAUGGAACAGUCUAUCAGUGCGUUAUCGCUAGACCCUGUACGUUGUGUCGCGGUAUACAGACUAUUGCAUGACUGGAAGCUAGCCUUGCCGGAUCAUCUCGAUAUGGGAAACAGCGUCGCUUCAUCGGUUCUUUCACUCCAUGUGAGCUACGAGUCCAUAGCCUUGAAGGUCGUUACUAUCUACAUCAAUAACAGUACUACGCCACAUCUUGACGGUUGGGACGCCAGGUCUCUUCAGCUCCACCACGCAAAGUCUAUGAUAAUCCUUCUCUGGACUUAUCGUUGUCUUUAUGAUACCAAGUUCGAUCGCUGGGCCGCCAAUCAAUGCUCCAUUGUGGUACGGACUCUACUACCUGUGUACGCUUCGAAUACUACAUUGUUCGCCAUAUACGACAUUAUAAGCAAGGCCUGCUAUAUCUUGAAUGAGAUGGCGUACGUUGGAGUCGUCGGUCAUGCAGAGGAGCUGCUGAAAGAGAUCGGGAGGGAGGCUCGUGGCAUGAAUGUCUGUGUCCCAUCACACAGGUAGAGGUUGAAAAGAUGGUAAAACUGAUGCUUUUCUAUGGCAUUCUUGAGUUCUUUUCGGUAAUUUGAAAACUGGGGAUAUUACAACUGAAGCCAGAAGCAUCUUUUUGUGAGGUUGAAUCUAGCUGCUCCAUACCGUUGGCUCGUUGGGAGGAAAACGUCUUGUAAAAGUCGUGUAGGUGCUUUCCCGGCGCCGCCUUUUCGGUUUUGAUCUUCUUUGGCAGCACAUGGCUGUGCUCGAGCCGAGUAAGGUCAUAAGUCACCGAGGACAUUUGUUCUUCUUCGUCAUCGUAGAAUGUUUAUCUGAAUUCGUCGGAUGU